AUGCUCUCAGCAGGAUUGAAAUUUAAGGGUGAAGCAAACAAGAGAGCAAUGGCAAUGCUCAACAAAAAGGAAGACAAAGAUGAAACCGUUCUUGGUCAGCUGACUGAUUAUUCCGUUCUUGACGAAUACAAAGUUUCAGCAGAAGGUGAUGCCCCACCUGAGCCAAUAACAGAUUGGACAUCAUUUAGUUCUGAAAUCCAAGAGUCUCUCAAAGCUUGUGGUUAUGAAAAGCCAACACCAAUCCAAAAAUACGCAAUUUCAUGUUUUAGAAAUAACCGUCCAUUGCUCGCAAUUUCUCCUACAGGUAGUGGUAAAACACUUGGAUAUGCUCUUCCUCUUCUCGAUGCCUUAAAAGACAACGACACCAAAGAUUUACAAGCAGUAAUUUUGGUUCCAACUCGUGAGCUUGCAUCACAAGUAUAUCGUCAAUUUAAGAAAUUCAGUGGCCCACUUGAAUCCAAAGUGCAACAAUUGCGCAAGCACCGUGGUUUUCCAAAAUGUCAAAUUAUUAUCGCAACUCCAAAGCGUCUUACAGAAUUUUCAAGCAAACUAUCAACAGUUAAGUAUCUUGUUCUUGAUGAAGCUGAUUAUCUUCUUUCACAUAGCUUUGUUAAGCAAACAGACGAUGUUUUACAAAAUCUUCCAAAAGAAGGUGUUUAUUAUUCAUUGUUUACAGCCACAAUGACACCCAAAGUUGAAGAGACUGCGAGAUCCUUCAUGUUCAACCCAGUUCGCAUACAAGUUGGUGACAAACAUGCAAUUGCCGCGAAUAUCGACCAAGAACUCAAAUUUGUCGGAACAGAGAAAGGCAAAGUUGUUGAGCUCAAGCAGCGCAUACAAUCAGGCACCAUUGGCCUUCCCUGCAUCAUUUUUGUCAUGAACAGACAACGCGCUUAUGAUUUAAGCCAAGAAUUAGGAUAUCCUAGUGCUGUUUUGACUUCUGAUGAGAACGACACAGAAAGAGCAUCCGCAAUCAGACGUAUUCGCACAGGAGAAGUCCAGUUCUUGAUAACAACAGACUUAGGUGGACGUGGAAUUGAUUUGGCUGCAUUAAAAACAGUUGUUAACUUCGACAUGCCUGCAGACACUACGACAUACAUUCACAGGAUAGGAAGAACAGCUCGUGCAGGAAGAGCUGGAAAGGCAAUCACGCUGUUCACUGAGGAUGAUAUGCCAAACAUGAGACCAGUCGCAAUUGUCAUGAAAAGCCAUGGAUACGAUGUUGACGAGUACAUGUUGAAGCCUGUUGAUAAGAAACAUCGAGGUGCAAGAGCUCUCUUCGAACCACAGCAGAGAAAAGCUAUCUCUUCAAAGGUUUGGAGUAAGGCAAAGGUAAGAGUUCCAAAAGGAAAUCCUCAACAACAAGAUGCAGAAUAA